GGGUUGGAGCUUCGUUUCUCCGGACGUGCCCGCUCCACAGAGUCACCUUGCUCCGGCUCCUACCUCUGCAGCUGCUGACCCGGUGAGAGCAGGUGGACCGCCGCUGCCCCACAGCCACACAGCGGCGAUACUCGAGACUCUGUGAGCCAAAAGAAAAUAUGGCGCAGACAAAGCCGAAGACAUCGCCAAAGGCCAUCAAGUUCCUGUUUGGAGGCUUGGCAGGGAUGGGUGCAACCGUCUUUGUCCAGCCGUUGGACCUCGUGAAGAACAGGAUGCAGCUGAGUGGUCAGGGAACAACAGCGCGGGAAUACAAAACGAGUUUCCACGCUUUAUUCUCCAUCCUGAGGAAUGAGGGUGUAGGAGGCAUCUACACAGGGUUGUCAGCAGGUCUUCUGCGUCAGGCAACCUACACAACGACCAGAUUAGGAAUCUACACCAUCCUGUUUGAGAAGAUGACAAGCGCAGACGGACGUCCACCAAACUUCCUCCUCAAGGCCCUCAUCGGAAUGACGGCGGGAGCCACAGGGGCAUUUGUUGGGACACCAGCAGAGGUAGCUCUAAUCAGGAUGACAGCAGAUGGACGCCUCCCUCCUGACCAGAGGCGGGGCUACCGCAACGUCUUCAAUGCCCUCGCUCGCAUCACCAAAGAAGAGGGCGUGGUAACACUGUGGAGGGGCUGUAUUCCCACCAUGGCCCGUGCAGUUGUGGUGAACGCAGCUCAGCUGGCAUCGUACUCCCAGUCCAAACAGGCUCUGUUGGACUCAGGCUACUUCAACGACGACAUUCUCUGUCACUUCUGUGCCAGUAUGAUCAGUGGUCUGGUGACCACAGCCGCGUCCAUGCCCGUAGACAUCGUCAAAACCAGGAUUCAGAACAUGAGGAUGAUUGACGGGAAACCUGAGUAUAAAAAUGGUUUGGAGGUGCUAAUGCGAGUGGUGGGCAAAGAAGGCUUCUUCUCACUGUGGAAGGGUUUCACACCGUACUACGCUCGACUCGGGCCUCACACUGUGCUCACUUUUAUCUUCUUGGAGCAGAUGAACCGUCUGUACAAGAGCUACGUCCUGGACCGCUGAUACACACACACACACACACACACACACACACACACUGCCAGUAUCAGUGUUAAAAAACCUGGACUGUACGAGGUUACAAACACACACACUGACAUACACUGCCCAUUCAGUGUCUCUAAUACACACACACACACACACACACACACAUGCACUUACACCUGAAGCAGACUUCUUGUGAAGAACAGAACCCUAAACAUCAUUUCUGAUGUUUUAUAUUGUCACUAAAGAUGAGUCUUAUUUGUAGAAAAGCUGCAUUGUAUUCUGGGAUUGAUGGAUGUGUUGCUUUGUGUUUGUGAAUAAAACUCUUCCUCUACUCAA